CCCUCCAUCUCCGCCAGCCCCACCAGGGUGAUUGCCCCGGGGCGAGUCGUCACCAUCCGCUGUCAGUGUCAAUGCAAAGGCAGGAGGUUAUUUCUGUAUAAAGAUGGAAUCAAAAUCCGGGAGCUGGACGCUGCUGGGGACGGGGGUGAAUUCACCAUCCCCAGCGCCAGGCGGGAAGACGGAGGGAUCUACAGCUGUCGAUCUCGCUCCAGAUCGGAGCCGCCCGACUGGUCGGAUCGCAAUGACAUUGUGCAGAUCUUUGUAGCAGAGCUCAUCUUCCGCAAACCCUCCAUCUCCCUGCGCCCCAGCGGGG